AGUUAUGUUUCUCUUGUUCCUUUGUAUUAUCUACCUGCCUGUAGUUGCAUCAACUGAUAAGCAGUACACUGCCCUGCACUUUGGAACUUCUAACAGCGAUUACAUUAGUUUCAACUAUGACAUGGCCCCGUUCCGAGAUUCUCUGUCCAUAUGCACGUGGAUCAAACGUAUCUCCACCUCAUCUUCAUACCCGGUAGUGUUUAACUACUUGGCUAGCGGUCACGAGAUUUUGAUUGGGCCUGAUGGGUACCAUAACAGAGUAGUAGGUGAUACAGGUUUGGAGAACAGACGCAACCUUGUCACAGUACCAGUGGGCACGUGGUUUAGUUAUUGCAUAACGUGGUCUGUAGCCUCCACGACAAUUAAGUUAUACCUGGAUGGUGAUUUGGUAGCAACAGACCAGACAGCAUCGGGGAGGAGGCUGACGAUGGGAGGGCAGUUAUGGUUUGGUGGUCUUUAUAGUAGGAAUUCUGGUCAUGUGUUUGGAGGAGACCUUUAUCAGUUCAACGUAUAUUCCAAUGUAUUGGAGUCGGCUGAAAUAAAGAAAAUAGCAGACGGGGGACUAUGUUUUGAUUUAGAGGAAUUUUCCGACACUAGGAUCCUUCGAUGGGAAGAUAUUCUGGACAGAUCACGGAGUGGGUCCGUGAGUGAGGUAGAGGUGUGUACAAGAAAUGAAUUAAUAACUCGGUUGAGGGAGUCACAAGAGAAGCUGGCAAAUGUGACUGGAAGGCUGAACGGAACAGAGGCUCAACUUAGUAGGUUGGAGGAGAAAGUGGAGACACUAGACAAUCUUCUUAAUUCAACUCAAGAAGAGUUGGAGUCAAGUCAACUGAGUUUCACUGAAGCUAAGAAGCAGCUUAAUGUAACGAAUGAAAAGCUGGUCACUACGGAGGAGGAGCUGAAAGGGGUAACAUCUGAUCUGGAGGAGGUGACUGCUGAUCUAGAGGAGGUGACUGCUGAGCUGGAGGAGGUAACUGCUGAUAUGAACAGGACUGAAACUUCAUUGGAAACAGUGACCGGAGAUUUAAACUCAACACAAGCAGAACUAGGAGCUGUAAGUGAUGACCUGGAAACUUGCUCCGCUGGCUUAAAAGACAUAGGGAGAAAGUUUAAAGAUUCUCGAACAUUCCACAAUGUCACCAGAUGGGAUGUUCUGCUCACUCCCCCAUAUUUCAACAAGGUCUUCUCAAAUGAGCUGUUCCGGAAACUCACCACCAGUUGGAAUAUGUUGGAGAGGUUUGUGGGUAUGAACAUGACGGAGGGUGUUAUACAGCACUUCCGGUACUUCCACCGAGAACCACAAUGCGAUGUCUUCGAGCACCUCUCACACGCCAUGCUUGAGCACUUCAAGGGUACUGAGAUAACAUCAGGACUGAUAGCCCACUUUAAGGAAACACAUACGGAGGAAUCAGAGUGCGAGAACGACACAGACACAGAAUCAUAGACCGGGAACAAUUAAACUUCUUUUUUGCUGUGUUCUUCUCUCCAAUUUUUAGUAUGUGUUAUAAUUUUAUUAACUUAUUAAAGUUAAAUUAUAUGAAAGGAAAUGACACUAAUAUAGUUAAAUACUAAAAUUCCUUACUUUUCUCACGUUAUAUGGUUAGCUUAGAGUAGUGACAUAAAAGGUAAUAAUAAUAUUAAAUAUUUUAACCUUAAAUUAAAAAGUUAUCAAUGCAUUGAUCGU